CAUACACAGCGAUCCGGGGACGGGGAGACUUCCUCUGCUCAUUGUAGCUCUGAUUCCUCUCUGCAGACAAUGUACCGGACGGGCCGCUGAUGACGAGCAGUCCUGGCAUGAAGACCAGCAGUUGGAUCGACAUGGCAAGACCCAUGCAGUGGGCACGUCACAGAUUGCAGCAAGUCACACAAACUGAGAGCAGCAGCAAUGAAGCCCAGGGGUAUGCCCCUUCACUACGACCAUACCUGAAAUUUGGAAGAGCUACAAACACUGGGACCGCCACUCCUAAACACAGGGUUGUUGUCCCAUACCUGGAUCAGUUUAAGGAAGAGUAUGACAAGCUAACUAAAGGCUACAAGAACAACAAGAUCCGAACCACUAAUUACACUCUACUCAACUUCAUACCACGGAACCUAUUUGAACAGUUUCACAGAGCGGCCAACUUGUACUUCCUCUUUCUGGUCUUCUUGAACUGGGUCCCGCUGGUGGAAGCUUUUCAGAAGGAAAUCACUAUGCUCCCCCUGCUGGCUGUACUCAUGAUCAUUGCUAUCAAAGAUGGACUGGAAGACUACAGAAAAUAUAAGCUUGACAAGGUCAUCAACCACUUGUUGACUCAAGUCUACUGUAGGAAGGAGAACAAAUAUGUAGAGUGCUACUGGAAAGAUGUGAAGGUGGGGAAUUUUAUUAAGCUCCAUUGUGACGAGGUUAUCCCUGCUGAUAUGGUGCUGCUACACUCCUCGGAUCCUGAUGGGAUUUGUCAUAUAGAGACGUCGAGCCUUGAUGGAGAAACAAACCUGAAACAGAGGCAGGUGGUGAAAGGGUGCUUCAUGGAUUGCGACUUUGAGACAGAAAAGUUUUCAAGCAAAAUACAGUGUGAAACGCCCAACAGUGACAUUGGCAGGUUCAAAGGUUUCCUAGAAAGGCCACAUCCAGACAAAGAAAAAAUUGGACUGAAUAAAGAAAACCUGUUACUAAGAGGAUGUGUUGUGAGGAAUACAGAAGCUGUGAUUGGUAUUGUAGUAUAUGCAGGUCAUGAGACUAAAACAAUGCUAAACAACAGCGGACCGAGAUACAAGCGCAGUAGACUGGAGAGGCAGCUUAACUCGGAUAUACUGUGGUGUGUUCUCCUUUUGUUGAUAAUGUGCCUGGUUGGAGCAAUUGGGCAUGGAAUCUGGCUGAUGCAGUUUCCUGAACCUCCAAUUUUCAGCAUUCCCGAACCUAGCGGAGAGCACACCCCUCCAGCGUUGGCUGCCUUUUACAUGUUUUGGACAAUGAUAAUCCUUCUACAGGUGUUGAUUCCAAUCUCCCUCUACGUCUCCAUUGAAAUUGUCAAGUUGGGGCAAGUCUACUUCAUCCAGAAUGACCGAGAUUUCUACUGUGAAAAGUCGGAUUCGCUGAUUGAGUGCAGAGCACUGAACAUUUCAGAGGACCUGGGUCAAGUGCAGUACAUUUUCUCGGACAAAACUGGCACUCUUACAGAGAACAAGAUGGUUUUCCGGAGGUGCAGCAUUGCGGGUGUAGAAUAUUCUCAUGAAGCCAAUGCCAAGCGACUACAGUCCUAUCAAGAUCCUGAAUUGCACUGUGAAGAAACACCGGAUCCUUUCUCCAAUAGUGCAGCCUUCAAAUGCAAGAGUCAAAGCCCCAAAUCAGUGAGGAGUAUGCCAAGCAACAGGUCACUGAACAAGCUGUCUGCAAGUGGAUUAGAGCUGAGAGGAGAAGGUGAAGGAGCCGGUCCUCUGCUGCAACCAAGACACUUUGCAUUUAGCAGCCCUAUGGAGAAGGAUGUGUUACCAGAUCCUUGUCUAGAAAGAAAGUUUUACCAGAUCAGCCCUCAGUCUCUGUAUCUCUCCAGGCAUUGUGAAGAGAUGGCUCUGGAGGCAUCAUACAUCAUGGACUUCUUUUUUGCUUUAGCCAUCUGCAACACCGUGGUGGUAUCCUCACCUAAUCAGCCCCGGCAGAAGGGAAAUAUACCAUCAUUAAUAAGGAGCCCAAUGAAAUCCCUGGAGGAAAUCAAGCAGAUGUUUCAAAGGUUCUCUGUCCGCAAGAUAAGCUCAACUUCGCUUCUAAAUGGAAAAGAUUACUCUUCAGAAUCCCCCAAUAACUUUGUAUAUAAACUGCCCUUUUUCAGCAAAAUGAAGCUGGCUUCUAGUGCUGAGGGUGAAAAAGCCUUGGAGGCCAGCUUGGACUCUGCUGGGGAGACAUUGCUGGAAGACUUGGAGAAAUCUGACCUUACAGAUCCAGCUGAUGGCUCUGAUAAGCCUAGCAUAUGUGAAGUGUACUAUGAGGCCGAGUCUCCCGAUGAAGCUGCACUGGUAUAUGCUGCCAGAGCUUAUAAAUGCAUUCUAAUGUCUCGGACACCUGAUCAAGUCACUGUAGAGCUCGGCACUAUUGGGUCCAUGACAUUUCACCUGCUGCAUAUUUUACCAUUUGACUCUGUCAGAAAAAGGAUGUCAAUUGUGGUUCGCCAUCCACUGACCAAUAAGGUUGUGGUGUACACAAAAGGAGCAGAUUCUGUUAUAAUGGAUCUCCUUUCCCCAACAUCUGAUGAUAACAAAGCAGAUGUCUUGCAAGCUGAUAUCCGAAAAUUAACACAAAGACAUUUAGAUAACUAUGCAAGAUGUGGACUCCGCACUUUAUGUAUUGCUAGAAAGGUGAUGACUGACGGAGAGUAUUCCGAAUGGUUACAGUCGCACUUUUUGGCAGAGACCAGUAUUGACAAUCGAGAAGAGCUGCUGUACGAGUCUGCACUCCGACUUGAAACCAAUCUCGACCUACUUGGUGCCACUGGAGUAGAGGAUCGUCUACAGGAAGGAGUUUCAGAAACAAUAGAGUCCUUGAGAGAAGCUGCUAUUAAAAUCUGGAUGCUUACCGGGGAUAAGGAAGAAACGGCGGUAAAUAUUGGCCAUGCCUGCAACCUGCUGGAACACGGUGACAAGAUUCUGACCCUGAGCAGACUGGACAUUGAAACUUGUAAAGUGUUGAUGAAUCACAUGAUUGCUGAGAUUGAAAGCCAUGUUAAUUCAAGUGACCCUUUGAAGAAGGAACAGCACUUUGCCCUAGUCAUAGAUGGAAAGAGCCUGGAGUUCGCACUGCAGGAAGCCCUCCAGGAAAGGUUCCUCCACCUCACCCAGCAGUGCAGAGCUGUCAUCUGCUGCAGGGCAACUCCACUGCAAAAAAGCCAAGUGGUUAAACUGGUCCAAACUAACUUGCAGGUCAUGACUCUAGCCAUCGGUGAUGGUGCCAAUGAUGUGAGCAUGAUACAGGUAGCAGAUGUCGGGAUUGGCAUUUCUGGCCAGGAGGGCAUGCAGGCUGUGAUGUCAAGUGACUUUGCGGUGUCUCGCUUCAAACACCUGAGGAAGUUGCUGCUUGUUCAUGGUCACUGGUGUUAUGUUCGCCUUGCCAAUAUGAUUCUGUACUUUUUCUACAAAAAUGUUAUUUUCGUGAAUCUUCUGUUCUGGUACCAGUUCUUCUGCGGUUUCUCUGGAACAGCAUUGACCGAUUUUUGGAUGCUCAUUUUGUUUAAUCUGAUCUUCACAUCUGUGCCACCUAUAAUUUAUGGUAUUCUCGAUCAAGAUUUGUCUGCAGACACCCUUAUUGUGCUUCCAGAGCUCUACAAGUCAGGACAAACAUCAGAGGCUUACAAGUCGUCGACAUUCUGGGUCACCAUAGUGGAUGCUUUCUACCAAAGCUUGGCAUGUUUCUUCAUUCCUUACUUUACUUAUUUUGGCUCUGGUAUGGAUAUCUUUUCUUUUGGAAGCUUCACCAUAACAGCAACACUGUUUGUGGUUUUGCUACACCUUCUAAUUGAAAGCAAGAGCCUGACAUGGAUUCACUGGGUAGUGAUGGGUCUCAGUGUUCUCGCCUACUUUGUCUUCACUUUGGUUCUUGGGGCAGCAUGUGUCAAUUGUGUACCUCCUGCUAACAUAUACUGGAUGAUGCAGACACAUAUGGCUGACCCAGCGUUCUAUCUUGUGUGUCUCAUGUCUGUAGUGGUUGCACUUUUUCCAAGGUAUGUUUACAGGACAUUUCAAGGGUCAUUGUUCCCCACUCCACAGCAGAAGGCUAAGCAGCUAGAUGUGAUGACCGCCGAAGAGCGUUUACGUGCCAUUAAACAUUGGUAUACUCCAAAGAUUGCACGCCAUAACAAUACCUCAUUUCAUGUUGUGCCAGCAGGGGGCGGCACAGCAACAGAGGAUGAAGACGCUCUUUCUGUUUGAGACGGAUGCACAGCAUGUUAACCUUAUUAUUAGACCAAAGAGACUGAAACUUCAUUGCUCAAGUGGUUUCACAGUCAGAUUAUUGUUAAAAUAUACUUGUAUUAUGUGCCUGGUGCUAAUAUGUGAAGUACAACAAAGGAGGUAAUCUGCUCCUGAAAGAUUUUGGGAUCUUUGCAUCAACGCCCA